GUUAGAUACUUAGACAGUGUGGAGAUCAAAGACGUUUUCAUUGUCAAAGUUCUCGCAAUCUUCAGAAGCCGGCCGCUCCUAUGGAGACUUGUCUACUCAUAUAGUCAGCUUCUUAGAUCUAUUUCUCUCUCUCUCCGGUUAAUCGAGAUGGCCAUGGUGCUUCGGCUUUCUCUGCUACUUACGCUUCUUUGCUACUCUCUAAACCCUAGCUUUGCGUUGUAUGAAGAUCAAGUAGGACUCAUGGAUUGGCAUCAACAGUACAUAGGAAAAGUAAAUCAUGUGGUCUUCCAUACUCAGAAGGCAGGUAGAAAGCGUGUUGUUGUCUCUACUGAGGAGAAUGUUAUUGCCUCACUUGAUCUCCGUAGGGGGGACAUUUUUUGGCGACAUGUCCUCGGGGCCAAUGAAACUAUCGAUGAAAUGGACAUUGCCCUCGGAAAAUAUGUCAUUACCCUUUCAUCAGGAGGUACUAUUCUAAGAGCAUGGAACCUUCCUGAUGGGCAGAUGGUGUGGGAGUCUCUCCUUCAGGGUUCUAUACCCUCAAAAAAGUUUCUAUCUGUAAUGAUGAAUUUUAAAAAAGGCAAGGACAACUUAAUUUUUGCUUUUGGUAGGGGAUGUCUCCAUGCUGUUUCAAGCAUUGAUGGAGAGGUUCUUUGGAGGAAAGAGUUGAGUGAGUUGACGACAGAGAGCUUAGAGAUACAGCGGGUUUUUCAGCCAGCUGACAGUGAUAUCGUAUAUGCUGUAGGAUUUGAUGGUUCGUCACAGUUUCACACAUAUCAGUUUAAUGCUAAAACUGGAGAGUUACUUAAGCACAGUGUUGCAGCCUUUCUUGGUGGAUUUUCUGGAGAAUCCUCAUUUGUCUCUGAUGACAUCCUUGUGAUGUUAGAUGCCACUGGGUCACAUUUAGUUUUAAUAAGCUAUCAGGAUGGAGAGAUCAACUUUCACCAGACAUAUAUUUCAGAUCUUGUUCCAGAUUGUUCUGGUGUGGCAAGAAUAUUACCUACACAGCUUACUGGCAUUGUUGCACUGAAAACAGAUUCUUCUGCUGUGUUUCUUAGACUGAUUGGUGGAAACAAGCUAGAAGUGGUAGAAAAAAUAAAUUAUCCGACAGCUUUUAGUGAUGCUCUCUCAUACUCAGAGGGCCAAAAAGCUUUUGCAUUGAUUCAACAUGUAGGAAGUAGGAUUCAGCUAACACUGAAGCUUGAUAAUGACUGGAACAGUAAUUUACUUGAGGAAAGCAUUGAAAUGGAUCCUCAAAAGGGUAAUGUGCAGAAGGUUUUCAUCAACAAUUAUAUAAGGACAGACAGGACUUAUGGGUUCAGGGCUUUGAUUGUCCUGGAAGAUCAUUCACUUAUGUUGCUACAACAGGGAGAGAUUGUGUGGAGUAGGGAAGAUGGGCUUGCUUCAGUUAUUGAUGUGACAACAGAAGAACUCCCUUUGGAAAAGGAGGGAGUAUCAGUAGCUAAAGUGGAACACAACCUGUUUGAAUGGCUGAAGGGACACAUACUAAAGCUUAAAGGUACUUUAAUGCUUGCAAGCCCUGGUGACAUAGUGGCUAUACAAGCCAUGAGGAUGAAAAGCUCUGAGAAGAGCAAAAUGACGAGAGACCACAAUGGUUUUCGAAAGCUUCUGAUAGUACUCACUAGAGCAGGGAAGCUUUUUGCUCUGCACACAGGAGAUGGACGGGUUGUUUGGUCUCUUUUACUACCUUCUCUUCGUAGAUCAGAAGCCUGUCAGUAUCCCACUGGCAUUAAUAUAUACCAGUGGCAGGUUCCUCAUCAUCAUGCAAUGAAUGAGAAUCCAUCUAUUCUUGUUGUCGGUAGAUGUGGGCUUGGUUCUGAUGCUCCGGGUGUUCUCUCAUUUGUUGAUUUGUACACUGGGAAGGAGCUAAGUUCUUUCAACCUUGCUCAUUCCAUUGCUCAAGUUAUCCCACUGCCAUUUACAGAUUCGACAGAACAGAGGCUCCACCUUCUUAUAGAUGCUGGUGGACGUGCACAUUUAUAUCCCAGAACUCUUGAGGUCCUUAAAAUCUUUCAAAGUGAACUUCCAAACACAUAUUGGUACUCAGUUGAAGCUGAGAAGGACAUUAUAAGGGGGCAUGCAUUACAUAGCAACUGCUUUCUUGAAGAGACAGAUGAAUACUGCUUUAGCACCAGAGAGUUGUGGUCUAUUGUAUUCCCUUCAGAGUCUGAGAAGAUUAUUUCAACUGCAACAAGAAAAUUGAACGAGGUGGUUCAUACCCAAGCAAAGGUAAUAGCAGAUCACGAUGUGACAUUUAAAUAUAUAUCCAGAAACCUGCUCUUUGUAGCUACUGUUGCACCUAAAGGUGACUGUUCAGUUGGGUCGGUUACUCCAGAGGAGUCUUGGUUGGUUGUCUAUCUUAUUGAUACCAUAACUGGUCGUAUAUUGCACCGCAUGACUCACCUUGGUUCACAGGGGCCUGUCCAAGCUAUCAUUAGUGAGAACUGGGUUGUGUACCACUAUUUCAAUCUCAGAGCACACAGAUUUGAGAUGUCAGUGAUUGAGAUCUAUGAUCAGUCUCGGGCAGAUAUCAAAGAUGUUUGGAAGAUUCUCCUUGGAAAGCACAAUCUUACUUCACCUGUAUCUUCAUAUUCUCGGCCUGAAGUAGUGAUGAAAUCCCAGAGUUAUUUUUUCACCCAUUCUGUGAAAACAAUGGCAGUGACAUCCACAGCCAAGGGUAUAACUUCUAAGCAGCUUCUUAUUGGUACCAUUGGUGAUCAGGUGCUGGCACUUGAUAAGCGUUAUCUAGAUCCUCGUCGAACAAUCAAUCCCACGCAAGCAGAGAAAGAAGAAGGAAUUAUUCCCCUGACUGAUGCGUUGCCAAUUAUUCCUCAGUCCUAUGUUACACAUUCGCUGCAAGUGGAAGGGCUCCGUGGCAUUUUAACGGUUCCUGCUAAGCUGGAGUCAACCACCCUAGUCUUUGCAUAUGGAGUGGAUCUCUUUUUUACCAGGAUUGCACCCUCACGAACUUACGAUUCGCUUACGGAGGAUUUCAGUUAUGCUCUGCUUUUGAUCACAAUAGUUGCACUCAUUGCAGCGAUUUUUGUAACAUGGGUGCUGUCGGAAAAGAAAGAACUGAGGGAAAAAUGGAGGUGAGUCAGUCUCUCCAUUUGUAUCCUCUUCUCUCAAAUUUUUUUAAUUCCCCGAUCAAGUUGCUUUUGAUUUUCUUUUCACAGAUUUCUCAGUCUAGUACUGGGAGGGGGUUACUCCCAAUUUGUAGUAUUACUUGUUUUCCCUUCUAAUUAGUUGCAACAUCCAUUUUU